CAGUCACUGGGUCCUGGGUGAGUUUCGCUGCAACAAACACUGUGGUUCAUACUACACACAGACAGGCUGUGCAGCAGAGCUACCCGCGCAACAUCCUAGCACACAGGAAGCAGCAGUCCGCCAACACAGUCUCCAACCCGGCUCCCUUUACCGAUCUGACAACAGGAGCUGAACCGCAGGUCGGUGUUCAUUUGAAGGGUAACUAGCCUACAGCCGGACAUGGAUUACUGGUACCCGUCUUCACCACUUUGGAUUUAGUUAAGACACCGCGCGCCUCCCUCGGUCUCUCCUCCCAGGUGAAGUGAGUGCGUAAAGAACAGGUGGAUCCUGUUUCUGUGUUCAGCUUUAUCCCCCCACCCCUUCAUCCGCCUGUCACCUUUAUGGGGAAUCAGGUGGAGAAACUUACGCAUUUAAAUUACGCAGAGGUGCCAACGGCGGACCCGAAUGGGUUCGACCCGGACGACGACGGACCGCGGAUCGGCGUCUCUUACAUUUUCUCCAACAACGACGACGACGACGACGACCACCAGCAGGACGACCGUAUGGACCGCUUUUCAUCGGACAACCACCGCGCGGUGACCCAUGACGAGAAGCCCUACGACCCCCAGGACGAGCUGGAGUGCGCGAUUUCCUACCGAGAGGAGUGCGUCUACGAGACACACCGCGGAGCCGCGGCUCACUCUGCGGAAAGUCUCCUGAACAAGUGCAGACCGGGAGACCUGCUGGAGUUCGUGGCAACUGGACAGUAUCCUCAUUGGGCUGUUUACGUCGGGGACUUCCAGGUGGUUCAUUUGCACAGGGCUGAGAUAAAGAACAACUUUCUCACCGAUGUGAGCCAGGGCAAAAAAGGCCGGAUAGUGAACGGGCUCUACAGGUACCGUCCGCUCCCGCCGGAGGUGAUCGUGCGCAACGCCCUGGACCAUGUUGGCUCGAGAGACAGAGAGCUGUACUGGAGAAACUCUGAGUGCUUCGCUGCCUGGUGCCGCUUUGGCAAACGGGAGUUUAAAAUCGGAGGGGAGAUAAGGAUAGGAAAGCAGCCGUACAAGUUAAAAUUAAUCUUUUCAGAAAAGAAGAAUCACGUCCUGGAGUUUCAGAGCCUGGAGGACGUGAUCAUGGAAAAAAGGAGGAACGAUCAGAUCGGCAAGGAGGCUGUGACGCAAGAGCUGGCCAACCACCUGAACGCAACACAUGAAAUCAAAGAGGAGCAUUUCGUCAACUGAUGCUGGAUGCUCGGUAACCUGGUGCGGAUUGGAGUUUUAGCUCAAAGGAUGUGUUCAAUGACGAAGUCAUGCUGAAAAACACAGCGUGCGUGUGUGUUGUUGGGGGGAGCAUUUUUUUUCCCCCCUCGCGAUCAACCAACAAGAGCUCUGUCUGUGGGAUUGGGUGCAUGAGCCAAACACAAGUGCAUUUUAAGAGGGAGUUCCAAUUCAUCCAAAUGAGAGGAAAAGCAUUGACAUCUGGGGUGACACUUCAUUCUCAAGUGCAUCAGCAGAGCAGAUCACAAGGGGGGG